CGUAGAGAGGCACGCUUUCGUGCGGGAGGUUGAAGUCCUCGCCUCCGUCCUCUCUCCUGGGUGCCUGGUUCGAGGGGAAGGGCCAGAGGUGGAGCCUCGGGCUGCGGCCUGACUGAGGCUCGGGCAGGCUCUGUUUCCCGGGCGGCGUCGGGGGCGCUCCCAAAAUGUCGCAGACGGCCAUGUCCGAGACCUACGAUUUCCUGUUUAAGUUUUUGGUCAUUGGAAACGCUGGAACUGGCAAAUCCUGUUUGCUUCAUCAGUUCAUUGAGAAGAAAUUCAAAGAUGACUCAAAUCAUACCAUAGGAGUGGAGUUUGGUUCAAAGAUAAUAAAUGUUGGAGGCAAAUAUGUAAAAUUACAGAUAUGGGAUACAGCUGGACAAGAACGGUUCAGAUCUGUAACACGAAGCUAUUACAGAGGUGCUGCAGGUGCUUUACUUGUUUAUGACAUCACCAGUCGAGAAACCUACAAUGCACUUACCAACUGGCUUACAGAUGCAAGGAUGUUAGCAAGUCAGAAUAUUGUAAUAAUAUUAUGUGGGAACAAAAAGGAUCUUGAUGGAGAUAGGGAAGUCACUUUCCUAGAAGCAUCCAGGUUUGCUCAAGAAAAUGAGUUGAUGUUUUUGGAAACAAGUGCAUUGACAGGGGAGAAUGUUGAAGAAGCCUUUGUACAAUGUGCAAGAAAGAUACUUAAUAAGAUUGAGUCAGGUGAACUGGAUCCUGAAAGGAUGGGCUCAGGAAUUCAGUAUGGAGAUGCUGCUUUGAGACAGCUAAGAUCUCCACGGAGAGCCCAGGCUCAGAGUGUUCAAGAAUGUGGCUGUUAAAAGCAAGCAACGGAGAAACUUCUUGUUUGUUUAUUUUUCAGCUGUCCAUUCAGAUGAUUAAUGAAAAACUGCCAUUGCUGCCAGGCUCUGCAUUUUUAAAACUCCUUUUUGAUUCAACAAAACAUACGGUAUUUUUUAAAAAAAAGUACAGUGGAAUGGCAGAGCGAGACUGCAAAAAAGAACGUUUGGUAAUACAGUGGACAAUACUGAGACUUAUACCUGUACGUAAAUAUUUUCUGUUACAUCUUUGUGUUUCUUAUUGUUACUUAAAAACACUGGUGUAUCACGUGUAUAUACAAUGUUGUCAUUAAAUUUCCAAAGCAUGAUAUACUGACAUGAUAUUGCACUAACACUGGUUUUUGUUUUUUUUUAAAUGAGCUAAAAUUUUAACUCUGGUAGGCAUUAUCAUGUUUCAGGGUGUUUUUUUUUUCUUUACAAAAGCUUCUAUUUAUGAGUUGACAUUGAAAGCUACUGGCAUUGACUGCCAGUGUUUUAUUUGCCACUUUCUACAGGGGCUUACGUGAACUAUUUUUUGAAAACUGUUAGGUCAUAUGUUUACUAAUCUGCAUACUGAAAAGAUUUUUUUUUUACUGAAGCAUAAUUGUUCUUGUUUCUUGAAAUUCUUAAAUGUAUUACCACUUUGUCAAAUGUAAGCUAUAAAUACAAUUGUGAACUCAGAGCUUGCUGCUGUCUGAACUUCACUGGGGAAAUUAUUUUUUUCUACAUUUUAGACUAACUAAGAAUUGUAGUUUCAAGUGAAAAGAUAAUGCCUACUUGUUUUGCCACUCCAGAGAAGUGUUUGAAGUUGUCAAUCACCAUUAUUUGAUUUUUUAAAAAUUUAAAUCAUUUCUAUACAUAAGUCUGUUCAGGUUAUACUCAGUUAAAAAAUAAUUUUUCACGAAAAAUAGGAUAGUUACCCCUGAGAGGGAAUUGCUUCAGUACUUAUGCCUCUUACAAACUGUAGGUUUGUGGAAGUUUAAUCUAGAAAUGCAACAUGGACUAGACAAAGUUAUCCAUUUAUGUACUAACCCUGCACAAAGCUCCACCUUCUCAUGCAAAUCUUUCUGUGCCGCUGUGAAAGAAAAACAUUUUGCUUUCAUAGUAGAGAAGUGGACAUUUCUUAGAAUCACCUGAAAAUAUGAAAUUUUGACUUUUCUGAAGGGGCUGUAAAAAUGGCCUCUUUGAAUAUUCCUGUCAUAUCUGAAGAGCAACAUUUCUGGUUUUGAGAACUGAAACAGCAUAUGAGAUUUCUGGGUAACUGAAGGUUUUGGUGUGUUUGAGCAAGGAAGAAAGUUCUGUUGGUUCUAUAUCAUCAACUAAAAAAGCAGCCUUUCAGCUGCCUCAUACCUGAAAGAAUGUAGAUGUUAAUAUUGAUGUCAGCUAAAAAUCUUACUGCCUUAGAGCCAAAAUGGAUGAAUCCACAUGGACAUUCUUUGUAUGGAUAUUUGAAAUGCAGCCAUAAUGAGGCGGUGAGUGUGAUUAAUGCUGUGGGUCAUUUUCAGUGGUUGCUGGUUAGCCAACAAGGAAAGAUUUAAGCACUUUUCACUUAUCAGCUGUUUUGUUUGAAAUUUAUUUAAUAGAAAUAUUAGUAUGUUGCUUUCCCAUCCUCAUACCAUCCAGGGCAUUUUAUAACAAAAAACAACUUGAAAAAAACUCUUAGUGAAAGUCCUAAAAACUCCAUUCCAUUGCUAUGAAAUAUUUCAAGAGCUGCAACGUCUAGCAGCCAGAUGUUAAGUCUAAAGUGGAUAUUAAAUACUUUAAUCAUUAUGGUUAUUGUUAUAAAACAGUACAGGAAAAUUAAACUGAGUACCAAAAUAAUAGGCAUAAUUAGGCAGAUUUUGCCUGGUACCUAAAAUAAAAUAAAAGUAGCAUUAAAUUGAUCCCUGUUAGGAAUAAGUUCCAUAAUCAGUAUGCAUCCAUAGCACAGAUCACCCAGUAACCUUCUGGUUUAUAAUUUAAGGCAUUAUUCAGAUGAAACGUUCAAAUAUACCUUUACUUGUAGAGAGAUUUGUACCUGUCCAUCAAAUUUAUAGUCCCUUUGUGGUUGCAGUUCAGUAACAUAGCUCCCGGGAGCUCAUGAUUUUUUAAUGGGCAUCUGGGUGAAUUUGGUUUUGAUCUUUGUGGUCAAGCUGAAUUGAUUAUACAGGUUACAAACAAGUUAGUCACUAGAGCAGCCUUUCUCAACCUUUUAAUCCUGGAGGAACCCCUGAAAUAUUUUUCAGGCCUCGGGGAACCCCUGCACAUUCAGGCUCAAAUAUAGGCCACAAGUUACAAAAGUAAUAUAUUUGUUUCAUGGGUAGGCCUGUAUAUAUGCAUUAACAGUGUUCUUAAACUAAAGAAUGAAACUGACCUCUUUAAUGUGAAGUUGCCUGAAUUUGAAAUAAUUUUUUAAAUCGUGAUCUCCCCAGGAACGCCUAGUGACCUCUCACAGAAUCUUAGGGUUCCUUAGAACCCUGGUUGAGAAACCCUGCACUAGAGUAUAAAAUGGCUGUUAUAGUGCUUUGAGAUAAAUGGGAAUCUUCACUUGUAGCGAUUCAUUUUUCAAAAAAUUAAUGUCAGCAAGAGUAAAGUGUGCUGAUGUAAGAAAAAUAAUUCACAUCACAAGAGUAUGUUCCUCUGGAACAAAACUUGAAUUCUGGCACUUACCAAUUUAAAGAAACAAAAGCAAAAUUUACUAGCAUGCAGUAUCUGUAUUGAUGUAUAUUUAGUUCAUAGCAUGAGUUCAUACAGCAUGGAUGUUUUAAAUGGCUUUCAGGAAGCACUUUUUGUCUCCCCUUUUUAUUGUGGAUUUGCUAAUGCUACAGUUCCUAAUGUAAAAAAAGAAGAAUCCAAAGAAGAUUGGAAAUAGUCUCCAUCUAAGGGGAUCUCCUGAUCAGUCUAUUAUGUAUCAUGGGAAGUCCUCUCUUUCCCUCUUUAGAACUAUUGUAAAGCAACAUUGUGUUUUUAAAUUUCAGCGAAGUGCAGAACCAGGUCUUGGCUAUUCUGAAGUUGUUAUGGGCAUUCUUGUAGUCUUCCUACACAUUGCUGUUACACUUUUUUUCCUCUGAACAUUCACAUGCUGUAAUGUUUUUUUAAAACAUUAUGCAGAAUAAGUACAAUAAUGUUUUCUUUCAGUCUUAACGCUGGGUAGCCUAUGAAAUGAAACUCUUGCAAAGAGUGGGGGAAGAUAGUGAAAAUAGGACAAGAAGUGUUGAGGGUUCCUGUCAUUACUAUGCAGAAAUGAAUGUCCUUUCCUAUUGUUAGCAGUGUUUGUGAUGGAGACCUUGCAUCAUGGCUUAUACUCAUAUAGGGAUGCUGUGGGUGGGUGUUCCUUUCUUUCCUUUUUUUCCCCUCCCCCCUCCCCUACUUGCAAGUGCAGAAGCAGUCGUGAUGAUCUCUUACUCUUUUUUCCUCAGUUAAUUUAAUAAAUGACAUUUCACAAACUCUAAUGUUGCUUGCUUAGAUAAGAACUUCAGUUCCUUUGGGGCUAAAGUUAGCUUGGUACCACUAGCUGGCUACUUGCUGCAGUUCUGAAAGCACUGCUUCUUUUCGUAUUGAUAUGCUACAGACCUGCUUAUAUGGAAAUCAGCUAUACUUCUGCAAGUUAAUCUAAAUGCAGAGGUGAGAGGAAGCUCUAGGGCAAGGUACAAUAUGAUCCAUCCUUUUUCAUGCCCACAAAUUCUCCCUAAAUCCCUUCAUUUUUUUUCUUAUAACUAGAAUUUUUUUUUGUUUUAGACAGAGGAAGAAACUAGCUGGAUAAGGAUUAAAACUCCCAAUUAUCAGCUUUCCAUUGCAUAUGCUUUUCUUUCUUCCUUUGGAAAUUUUAUUUCUUUAGUUAGUUAGUUAAACAUUUUAUAUAGCCACCCAUCUUGAACCAAACUCUGGGUGACUCACAACCCAGAAAUAAAACUGUAUCUAUAUCUACAGUAAAAAAAAAAAUGUUAAACAAAGACCUGGCACCAGAGCUACACUUUCCCAUGCAGCCCACAACAAGUUCAUCCCACCAGCCUCACCCUAUCCCAGCACUUGGGGGAAAGGCCAGGUCUUAAGUGCUUUUUGGGAGGUUAAAGCGGUGGGGGCCUGCUGGACCUCUGGGGAAGGGUGUGCCAUAGAGCAGUGGCUGACACGGAAAAGGCACACUUCCUAGAUCCCGUAGAUUGGCGACAUUUAAGGGGAGGGACUAGGAGCAUGCCUGCCCAAUCCAAUCUGGUAGGAUGGGCAGAUGUGCUAAGGGAGAGGUGGUCCCCCAAAUAACCUGGUCCUGUGACAUAUAGGGCUUUAAGGGUAAUAACCAGCACCUUGAAUUGUACCCAGAAGGAAACUGGGAGCCAGACAAUAAAGUAUGGCAUUGAAAAAUCCUGUGCUUCCCUUGUAUAUAAUUCCCCACUCAAGAGUUUAAAAAUGGCAGUUGAAUUCAGCACCGAGUUUCACAUAUUGGAAUACUGUAGGUUUUUAAUGCAAUUCAAGGGUGCUGAAUUGCUACCUCUGUUAGCUUAGUUCCAGAAAUAGGAACUUCAGGAGUUUCAGCAUUGUUAUAUUUGAGCUCAAGACAGUAUGUACUUGGCAUUUGUGUCUAAAAAUAAAAGUGCAUUUACAUAGUAUACAUAAAAAAUGCAUGGUUCCUAAGCUAUAAAGAUUUUACUGUGCUGCUUAAUGUCAUUAGAGGAAUGUUACUCAAAAGAAAUACAAAGUUUUGUUUAAAUUUAUUAAUGUGGGCUUAUUUGGGGGAGGGUAUGGAUCAAGAAUUUUAUUUCCUAGCUAAUCAGGCUUUUCAUAUCUCCAUUGUGCAACACGUGCCUUCACUUGCUGUAACUGAACACUCGGUUAAAUUUUCCUGAAUUUAAUUCCUGUUUAGAGUACUUUCUCAAUAUGUAAAAAUGACAUGCUUUACUAUAUUUAUUGAACAGUCCCAUAUAGCAAUUGCAGAUUUCAAACCAUGACUUAAGUCAAAGGGCUUUGGCAAAACCUGACAACUAGGAAGACAAGUGCAAUACUGCAGACAAUGAUUCUGUGUCCUUUGCUAUAAUUACAUAGAAUGGAUCUGUUUUACCAAAGGUUUGUCCUUAUUAAUGUGAUUUCUAGAUACUAAUAUUUCAGCUUUCUUUUUUGUUAAUUCAGAAUCCAAUCUUAGAGUGGUUUUUUUUCCUUUAGUAGAACAAUCACAUCAGUUUCCUUGGGGAAUGCAAAAAAAAAUAAAGAGUGGUGGGUUUUUUUUGUUUUUUGGGCACCAUAGCAUGUUCCUGAAAACUGAAAAGGAGUUUUCUUUAAAAACUUUCAUACAACUUACUGUGUGUCUGUGGUUGGUCAGCCCAGCCACAAAAAGCAUGUGAACUGAUGAAUAAAUACAGCUUUAAUGGACUUUUUUCUGUCAUGUAGGAAGAAAAACAAUGCUAAAUUAAAAUUAGUACAUUGUUUUAUUUUAGAAGACAAAAGAGGUAACAUGAGAAUAUGGUACAAAUACUGAAUUCUAACCAAUAUAAUUUUCUCUUGGAAAGUAUUGGCAAUUUUGAUAAACUGCAUAUUGUCUAUUAAGUAUAAACUUUCUGAAUAUUAGAUUAUUAUUGAACUCAGCAUAUAGUGAAAACUCAAUACAAUGGACUUUGCAUGCAGUGAACCCCAUUUCCUUGGCAAUUUGUGUAAUCAUGUCAUCAUGCAAAUGAUGCAAUAUGCACCAUUUGCAUGUUAUGCAAUAUGCACUAUUUGCAUGUUAUGCAAAUGAUGUCAUUUGCAUUAUGACAAUUGAUACAAAAUAAAUACUGCAAUGAUAUACUUUGUGGGACAAGCUAAAUCAUCUGCUAACAUCUAUGCAUGCAGCCUAUUGUCAUUUGAAUGUGGAUCAUUGUUCCUAGUCUGAAAAUAAACAUGGAACCAUUUGAUGAAGA